CCGGGGGAGGGCAUCGCGCCGCUCUCGGUGCGCGCAGCGGGCGCCGCGGGGCCGCAGCCAUGCCGGGCUCGCUGAGGGAGCAGACGGCGCUGCUGCUGGAGGAUUACUUCCAGCACCGCAGCGGCGGCGGCGCGCAGCCCCCCAGCCCCACGGCGGCCGCGCUGCGCGGGGCGGCGGCGGAGCUGGAGCGGCGCGAGCGCCCCUUCUUCCGCUCGUGCGCGCCGCUGGCGCGGGCCGAGCCGCGGGAGGCGGCGGCGCUGCUGCGGCGGGUGGCGGAGCAGCUGGAGGCCGAGGGCGGCCUCAACUGGGGGCGGCUGCUGGCGCUCGUGGUGUUCGCCGGCGCGCUGGCCGCCGCGCUGGCAGAGCGGGGCUGCACCGACGGGCCGCGCUGCCUGGCCGCCGCGCUCGCCGACUACCUGGCCGAGGAGAGGAGGGAGUGGAUGGAGGAGCACGGAGGAUGGGAUGGCUUCUGUCGCUUCUUCGGCAGACAUGGCUCCCAGACGACUGACCAGAGCAACACCAUAAGCAAUGCAAUCAUGGCCGCGGCGGGGUUUGGAAUAGCAGGAUUGGCUUUUCUCUUGGCUGUGCGGUAGGCUGAUGAAAGGAUCUUGCCAUGGGAAAGUACUCUGAAAACUGACAAUUUACCAGAUUUCACUCUAUUUUCUAUAAAACAGACCCUCUAAGAAGUUUAUAUUUUUAAACUGGCUCAGAAAACUAUCUCACCAAAUCCUUGGCUAUAAACUGCUUCACUCGCUGCCCAAUAACAGCACAAACAGAUCUGUGCUAAACCGCCAUUUGUGCAUGUUCAAAACCUCUCCAAACGUCCUCUGGACUUUCUUUUUGAAGGUGUAACCUAAACUUUAGCAUGAUUCAUGUACUGUAACUUCCGAGUGCUCAAUGUUAUGCUAGGAAAACGUUAUGGUGGACUUGCUACUAAGCCCUCUGUUUGAGAUGUCUUAUUUACAUGGAGGAAAGUCUUUCAACCUGCCUUCCAUUAAUACUGUAAAGUGGGUGAAUGUCAACUGUGAUUUAACAUGGUUUAUGGCUUCAAAUGCAGUGCAAGGCACUUGUUACCAAAAGGGAACUUGUUGGUCGUUUUAGGGCAGUUAGUGCCUGUGAUGUGAGAGGCAUUAAGGCAUAAUACAGCAUAAGGCUGAUUUCAUUACACUACAAGAAGAUAAGAAUUGAUACAGGACAGUAAUGGCUGCAGUACUGUUUCUUACUGAAAGGAAAGGAAUUUAAAUAUUAAACCUUAAUUGGUAUAUGGAAAUCCAGUGGAGGCUGGAAUUUCUCUGGGUUUCCAUGACAAAACGAGAAUUUCCAUAUAUCUUAAUAUAUUUUUUAAGUAUUUAUCACUGUAUAAUACUUGUAGCCAUGACAUCUUUUAUUUUUGUUUAAAACUUAAUGCUGGUUCUUGUCACUCUAGUGUGUAUCAAGCGUUGUCUUGUUUGAGUAAUAUUUCACUCUGUUUUCAACAUGCUGUGUAUUUCUUUUAAUGGUUGUACAAAUUGCCUUAUGUUUCCAGUAGCUUUUAAUAACGUUCCUGGGUUACUCAUAGCGUGUACAAUUUUACUAUGGUGACUUCAAAGGUGAAUAAAUGUUAAGUAUUUUUAUUUUAAAAAAACUUUCUGCUUAUUUGACCGGGUGGGUGAUAGUGCUCAGACUGGGAGUGUUUCAGUGAUUACCUGGAUGCAUCCGUUCGUACCCAGUUUGCUAGUGCUUUGACCUGAAAUGAGGAGCUGUGUGGCUGCAGAGCAGUGUGAUAACAGGCUUCAUCGCAGAGGAGUCCUGCAGUCAGAACUUGAGCGAAGAGAGCCUAAGGGGAAAAUCCAGUCUGAAAGGCCUGUCUUUGUCACUGCGACUGGAAAGAACCUGGUGUUUUUGUAGGCCAAAACUUUCCAAAGUUUACUAACACAGCUGGGUACAGACAGGCUCCUAAGAGCUGCUUCUGCUUGUAGAGAGCGACAGAGCUCUUGUUUCUUCUCUGCCAAGAACUUGCUGCUGCCUCUCUUUCACACUCACGCACUUUUUUACUGAAACUGGAGUUUCUGAUAUGAGUUACGGUAAUCACUGAGCAAUAGGUGACAGUAUUCAGCCUUCUCAGAUUAGUAAUACUGAGCAGCUGUAGUUUUUGAGGGUCUUGGACUUAACUCUUAAAAAGCAGUCUCAUGCUCCCUUCUCCCAGGUAGGAUGUUUCUGUGGCACUGGGCAUUCCUCUCUCUGGCAGCUGGUCAGCCCACUGCUCUGCCCUUCUAGAGCGUAUUCAUGGAGGAACACCAGGUGGGCAGCAGAAUUCCUCGUGGGAAAGAUCAGCCUAGCAAUCUAGUCAGUAUUGCCAUGACAGUGACCACCCUGCUUCUGUUGCUGGCUGCCGGGCUCCAGGGAGGCAGCAGUGGGAGCUGUGGCCCCAUACCGGACAGAGCCGCGUUGUGCCAACUGGCCGCAGAUUGCAGAGAGAAGGAUAAAAAGGGACAUUCAGGGACGGUAAGUCUCGCAGAGGCGGGAAGGAGCUCGCGGUCCUCCCCCUCGCGCUGCUCCCUCUGAACAAACAUCUGCUUGUUCUCUGACUUCCAGUUCUCUAAACUCCAGCUUGGCUCCUCUCGGCAGAAGGAUUAAUACCCUACAGCGUGAGACCAUUGUGCUCAGUUCCUCUCUUAGUGCCCACACGGAUGGCACCCACUGUGGCAGCAGCUGGAUGCUCUUGGGACCUGCCUCUGGUUGUCCUGGGCAGGCAGGAGGCUGUGGUGCCUGAUACUUUGGCUGUGGUCGGACUGAGCUGGCUGGUGCUGGGAUCUGAAGGUAGUUUCCAAAACAUGGGGUGCCCAGGGGUAUGUAUGUUGAAAAGCCUGGCAAAGAGGGAAAAAAAUGCUCUAAGCAGGUCCAGUGCUACUUGGAAAUGUCAUGCUGUGGAUCUCAGUGUCUUUCCGAUGUCAAGCAGGACAAAGAUAAAAUAUCAGUAUCUUGAUUUCCAGUGUAGCUUGCUGUGGCAGGCCUCACAAAAGCAAUAGCAGAGAGGAUAUUAUGCUGGUUGUUACUGUGUGCUCUGGAAAAGAGAAGUAAACACUUUGGAAAUGUCCUAGAAUAAGGUCUCAUCAGCCUUUGGCGUAAACCUGACCCUUUACAAGGUGCAGCUUGGAGUAUCUGACAUUUUUCCUGGCCUGGGACAAGCUGAGGGUAGGUUUCCUACCUGGUACCCUGGUAGAAAAACCAGAGGUAAUUUAGGAAAGCUGUAAGACUGAGUCAGGAGACUACAGCACAGCUCAGCAGCAUAGAAGCAAUGCUUCCAGUAGCUUCCUGAUGCCCGGAGCUGGGCAGCUCCAGUCUGCUGGCAGGCUGUGCUUGAGGGUGCUCUGCUCAGCCACCCUUUGAGCAGUGAGCACAGCCCAGCCUACUGGAACUUGGCAUUGGGAGAUAUCCUGCCUGUCCCCACCAGAGCCGUGCUCCCUGGGCCACUCUGGCGGUCUCUACGGAGACUGCAGUGAUGUAAGGUUGAAGACCAGGGCUUAAAUAACUGAAGCCCCAUUGAUUUCAGGGUGAUUUAGACUAACUUACAUUUACAUGACUCUUCUGAUUUUAUCUUUUUUUUUCUUUUCAGUUUCAGCCUGACUGUUUGUCUCAAUGAACUCCUGCCUUUCAGUUGAAAACUGCUGCUCAUCCUCUUUUUCUGCCUCAGGAAAGGGAAGCAAGAGGCUGCUGUUCCUAAAUGCAGAAGGAGAGUAGGUGGUGUUUAAGCACAAGGCUGCUUCUAAUUCUCCUGACAGCUUUCAGCUCUUCGGCUUUGGUGUACUUCCCGGGCAGGUGGUGGAUGCAACAGGCGUCAUCCUCUCUGACGCUUCGCAUACAGCAAUUGCUGUAGAUUCUGCUGGGGCUCCAUUGUGCCUACGGCUGCAGAAGCCAUCAGUUGUUAGUCGCUUAGAGGCACCUGAGUGCUGGGCAGGGUCUCAUGAGGAGAGAAAUAAAGGUGCUGGCUGAGCCGUGGCCGUUGCCUGGUUCUUAUCCGUUCUGAGUCUUUCCUGCUCUGCCGUGUACAGAGACCUCCGCAGGGCCAAGAGGCGGAGAAGGCGGCGUUCCUGAUUUACAGGAGUGGUCACAAUGGUUUCACUAGAGCCGUUGGUGUUAUCUGCUGGCACUGCACCUGCUUCCUCGCUGUUCCCUUCUGAAGGGGCGUCCAUUGUAGCUACAGCAAAAAGCUGCCGUGCUGUUGGAGAGGCCCAGCUGUCUCCUUGUUAAAGGAAAGAGAAAUCCAUUCAUCAGGCUUCUUAAGAGUGUAGAACUAGGCAGUGGGUUUCUUUGUGGCUUGGAAAAAAUGAGAAGCUGCUAGAGCUCAAAAAAACAUGAGUUGCAGAAUGGUGUUAUAUGGCAGUUUGUGAGCUGCUUUGCUGUGGUAUGCAAAAAAUCUGGUUUGGCAUGGCUUGCUGGAGGAUUUGUGGCUGGUGCUGCAUCCUUUUUUGCCCAAGUGCGUGAUGGGGUGUGGUGUGAGGCUGACCUGCAGGGUGGUACCCAAGCCCAGCUAGGAUGGGAGAGCCCUGUCACAAAUGACUUCCUAAUCGGGCAGCAAAAAAAAACCCCAAAAUCACUGGAAGGAAAAAAGAUGGAGUACGUGGCAGUUAUUCACAUAAUUUCAUUUCUUGUAUUCAUUCAGUUAGGAUAAUGAAAACAAACUUCUGUCUUUCACUUCUGUUUCUCUGGCUGCUUUCUUUACCAGGUUCAAGCUGGGUUGUCCUUGAUGCAGCGUGGGGAGAGCAGGCACAGCUGGGAAAUGAGUUGUUUUCAGGUUUAAAAAGUCAGAGUCAGUGUACUUCCUUCAUAAAUGCUGCUGUUAUUUGCAGCAGUGUCACAAAUUGAAGUUCUUAAAUAAGAACAGAGUUUAAAAAGGUAAUAAAUCCUUAUUUACUUGAAGUUUAAUGUAGGAAGUCUAAAAAUCAACUCUGUGCUGAACUAACAAGGUUGUUUUGUUGCUUCUUUUUCUCUGCCUGGGCUUGGUCUAUUUGUUUUAUUCAAAUGAGACAAGGAAGAGAGGACCUGCCUUUCCUUGUCAAGUAGGUCUCUUUUCAGACACACCAUUUGUUCCUGCCCAACCCGUGGUAAGUUUCUAGCACUACAGCCUGAAAAUGAUAUUCACAAACUGGCAAUCUCAUGUUUUCUGGAUGAUCACCCAUUUUGUGUCUGAGGUGACACGUGUUACACAUUUCUGUUAAUGAAGAAUUAAACCUAUUAAAACAACUGGUUAAAUUAAUUAGGGGACCAGCUAUUGGGGUGGAUGAAAUCCAUGAUGUACUGUAGUAGGAGACACUACAGUGCAGGGAAUUAGAAAAGCCUGUCCGCAGACCACCGUAGAAAAUUUGUGCUCUCUGGAUUUAAUCCCUUUAAUGAUUCUGACCUGUGACAACAGUUCACUUGAGGGAGUUCCUGUGUUUGACCCAACCUGCUCUUUUGUUUGUCUCUGAACAGCUCAGCACAUGGUGAAUAACAGCAGGAACCCCACACCCUGCUUAGAGCUCUUGGAUACUGUCUGCUUUUUAUUUUUAAAUAAAAUGUGGCUUGUACACAGCAGAGUCUGUGGAGAAUGGUGACCUGGCUCGGUUGAACUGCAGGGAAAUUGUCCAUGCUGCGCUGCACCUCAGGGAGGAGCAGGCAUGGGACCUGGAGCUCUGUUCUGGGCAGCCUGCUCUGCACCUUGACACCAAAGAAAGGAGCUCUUGCUGGCACUUUUAAUUAUGCAUUUGCAAUGCAUAAUACUAAGUGUGAAAGUGCUUGGCUUCAUCACAGUGCUAGAGAGAAAUCCUCGUCUAGUGUGCUGAGCUAAUAGGCUGAUUGGCUUCUUCCUUGUAGCUAUUAGUGUCUUUAGAAGAAUCCCAAACUGUUAUUAAUUUCUAAGCAUUAAUUGUGAAGCUUUAUGAUGAGCCUCUUAAAAUACAGGCAGAGCCACGUGGCUCUGGUGAGGAGUCAGUGCAGGGCGGGCAGUGUUAACUCUUGUCUCUCCAGUAGCCGUCACCUAAAGCUCACUCAACACCCCUACUCUUGGCAUAUAGGCUGGACUCUCCUGCUCCUCACCAGCCUGGGGCUUUCCCCCCUCUCCUGAGGCAAAGGAUGCGCUCCCAGAGGUCCCAGCAGCCUGUUUGCUGGAAUUGUGGCCGUGCUGGGGUGCGCCUGGCAGGGUCUUGCCCCUGGCAGCACAGCCAUGCUGCCUCUUGGUGCCAAGCACAAGGUCAUGAAGGAGUGGUCAUAUUGGUGCUAUACUGAGUGGAUGGUGAUUAGAUGACUUUCUAAUGAUUAUAAUGCAUAAGCAAGAACAAAUUCCACCAGUUGGGUGUAAAAUAACCUUGUAAAACGGUGAUGACGAGACCAACGGCAGCUGAGAGCCGAUGGUGGUUGACGUGCAGAGCAAACACUUGUUCCUGAUAUCCAGCAUGUACUCGGUGAGUGCUUUGAUACAGACAAAUGCAUUAAAUGUUGAACCUCAUUAUUCUGGGAGCCUGCAAGUGAUGUGGUUCCUUGAGCAUUUCGUACCCAAGCUGGAUGCUGUCAUUUUCAAGGUGAACUUGGGAGGGGUCCAGUAGGUGCUGGCUCUGCUGAGGAGGGCUGGGUUCCUGCU